AUGAGUAAUAAGGAACAGCAUGUUGAUGAGGCUCCCGGAAGUGCUAUCAAGAAGAUAAGUACUAUAGCUGCUACAUGUGAUAAUGGGUACGCGCCUACGCUAAUCACGACGAGGUCGGGCAUGGACUCCUCACAGUCGCAUGCCCUACUGAAUGAUCCGACCCUAAUAGAGGAUUAUUCUGAUAUCAUAAACAAUAGGCCUAUGGGUGGAAGCAAGCUGAAUUCAGGGAACGAAGAUUCCGAGAGUAUGGGCGGGAGUGUUGUGGUGACGCCUACUUCCAAUAAGAGUUCGCCCUUUAGCUCGAAACCUAAUAUACUGGGCAACGCAAUAGAACAGAGCCAUUCAUCCUUACGGAAUAAAGAUGAGAAAGAGGAUGUUGAGGAAGAGGAGGCCGAAGAACAUGCGCAUAGCGACAGUGGAAGGGAUCAACGACAUUCAAAAGAAAACUCUACCGAAUUUCCCGACUCAUAUGAUUAUUCGGAUUCCGAAUUCGAGGAUAAUUUGGAAAAAAGGUUACAACGGAUCGAAACCGAUUCUAUGGAUAGUGGCGAUAAGGAUGAGGAGCAUUUUGUGGUGGACCGUACAACGAACGACCGAGAACUUUCCGAUGUUGAUGAUUUUAGCGACGGCUUGAAGUACGCCAUUUCCGAGGACGAGGAAGAAGAGGGCUACACUGAUGAUGACGAUUUUGAUAAGAAAUUUGAAAAUGCGGAUUUUGAAGGAGAGAAGGGCGAAAUGAAUGAGGAAAGUGACGAUUACCAACCCUUAUCCCCGCCAAGAGAGCUGGACCCUGAUAAAUUGUAUGCCCUGUACGCGUUCAAUGGGCACGAUUCUUCACAUUGCCAACUAGGGCAAGACGAAUCAUGUAUACUGUUGAAUGACCAGGAUGCCUACUGGUGGUUAGUGAAAAGGAUCACGGAUGGUAAGAUUGGGUUUGCGCCUGCAGAGAUUCUAGAGACAUUCCCGGAAAGAUUAGCCCGAUUGAACUGUUGGAAAAACGAAAACAUGUCUUCUCAAUCGGUGGCUUCAUCGACGGACUCCAAAAAUGAUUCCGCUAGCUCCAAUAAGAACGAUGAGAGUGACACUGACAGUAUAAUUCCGACACCUGCAUUAAAUGGGUAUGGCAAGGGGAACAAGUCUGUUAGUUUCAACGACGUCGUUGGUUAUGCAGACAGGUUUAUAGAUGAUGCGGUCGAAGAUAACUCCUCGGAUAGUAACGACGAUGACGACCAUGAAAAUGGAAAAAUGUACGAUGAAGAUACUGGUGAUGACAAUGAAACAAAAGUUAGACACCGGGACGAAUUUACUGAGGCGAAAUUAAGUUUUGGCAAAUUCGAGGACGAUGACAUGAGCGAUGUGGUGAGCGAUACCUCCUUCAGCACAUCUUUGAACACACCUUUAAAUGUAAAAAAAGUUCGGAGGGCAGGCAAUAAAAGUGACAGCUUCCUCAAGGCAUCCUCCAUCAAUGACAACGAAGAUAAUCGUAAUGAGAAUCAAAAUCCACAGCAAGAAAAGCUGAAACCAGUGGACACUGAUUAUGAUGCUGAUUUAAGAAAGGUUUUUGAAGCGCCUCGUAUGCCAUUUGCUAAUGGGAUGGCGAAAUCCGACUCUCAAAAUUCUCUUUCGACGAUUGGCGAGUUUUCACCUUCAUCAUCAGAAUGGACAAACGAAUCACCUUCGACGCCAGUAGUUGAGGAAAGCAAUGGAAUUCCAUCAUCUAGAGCAAUAAAGGACAUUUCACAAUAUAUUCAGGCAAAGUCGAAAAUCGAGAAGUCGUCAAAUAUCGAAAGCACAGAAGAGCAAACCCAAGUUCAACCCAGUUCGGAAAUUGCUGAAGCAAAGGAAAGUCAGGCCGUAGUUGAGCAGGCGGGAGAGGAGCUACAAAAUCAUGAUACUAUACAUGGGGUAGAAAAGCACUCAAGCUUAUCGCUACAUUCAUCAUCGGAUGAAGAUUUCUACAUGGAUGAACAAAGAGUGGUGUCAUCAGCAAGCAUUAACAGUUCAUUUUCCGGAUCAAGGGCAUUGUCUAAUACGAAUGGGUCCGAUCCAGCUUCGAAGCCCCAUUCCUUGGUGCAGCAUCUUUAUGCUCCUGUUUUUGAUAGGAUGGAUGUGCUAAUGAAGCAAUUGGACGACAUUAUUCGCAAAUAA